AUGCUGCGUGUCCCCAAAGCUGAGGCUGCCUCUGUCCUCGCUCGCUCCUGCUCCAGAGCUGGGCUGUUCUGGAAAGGACAGGUUGGGAAGGAAAAACGCUCUCCGGGCGCUGCGGCAGCGGGAGCCGGGGCGCUGAAGGCGCUGGGGACACUGCGGGCGCUGAGGGGGCUGAAGGCGCUGGGGACACUGCGGGCGCUGAGGGGGCUGAGGGCGCUGGGGACACUGAGGGGGCUGAGGGCGCUGGGGACACUGCGGGCGCUGAGGGGGCUGAGGGCGCUGAAGGAAGGCUCUGAGAGCGCUGAAGGCGCUGAGAGCGCUGAAGGCUCUGGGCGCGCUACUGGCGCUGAGGGGCUGCCGAAGGCGCGGCCGGCGCUGAGGGCGCUGAAGGCUCUGGGCGCGCUGCCGGCGCUGAGGGCGGUCCCGGCCGGGCCGCCCCUGUGCGGGCGGGAAGCGCCGCUCCGCCCCGCGCGCGCCAUGGCGCUGUCCCAGCCCGGGCCGCCCGAGCCCGAGGAGCCGUCAGCGCACAGCGGGCAGCAGCCGCAGGUCCGGGGCCGGGAGGAGAGGGGCCGGGGGAGACGGGGAGUGAGAUGGGAGGAGAGCCGGGGUCUGGCAGGAGAGGGGAUCCGAGAGGAGCUGGGCUGUGAGGAGAGAAACCGGAGGGAGGUGAGGAGCGGGGAGGGCGGCGUUCAGGGCCCAGCGGUGCCGGGGGUCGCGCCGCGGGUCCCCGCUGACUCCCGUUCACCUUCGCAGGAGUCGCUCCCGUCGGGCCCCGCCGAGCCCCCUUCGUCCCUGCAGAAGUCCCCAUCAUCGAGCCCCGCGGACCCUCCUUCAUCCCUGCAGGAGUCCCCAUCAUCGGGCCCCGCCGAGCCCCCUUCGCCCCCGCAGCAGUCCCAAACAUCGGGCCCCGCCGAGCCCCCCGAGCCCCCGCAGGAAUCCCCAUCAUCGGGCCCCGCCGAGCCCCCUUCGCCCCAGCAGCAGUUCCAAACAUCGGGCCCCGCGGAGCCCCCUUCGCCCCCCCCCCGCGGCCCGGCCGGCAAGAGGCUGCGCCCGGAGCCCGACAGCGGCCCCAGAGCCCCCCCCGGCUCCCCGCCCGGCCCCAGCUCGGCUGCCCGCGGCCAGGACGGGCUGUGGGAUGCGGACAGCGACGGCAGCGACGGGGGAGACGCGGCCCCGGAUGGAAACUCCCACCUAUCAGCCUAUGAAAGGAAAAGACUCAAGAACAUUACAGAAAAUGCUAAAUUCUUUGCUGCUCUAAAGCUGCAUGAGUCAGCUGCAAGACUUGAACAACUUACAACUAAAAGGCGAUCUUAUGUCACUAAAAGGGCCAAGCCUAAAAAGGUGGAGGACGAGCCGGCCCCGCGGCGAUCCCGGCGCCUGCUCCGGGUGGAGCCGCUGGACAUUCCCCUGCUGGAGACGUUCACCCAGCCAGCAGCAGAGGAAUAUCCUCAGGUUCCAGUCGGACCUUUGCCCAUGGUUCCAGAGGAUCAGGCAGAGAACAGUAAAUGGACAGAGGCCUUGCUGGGCACGUGGAUGAGGAUAAGUGAGCUGAAAGCAGAAUGUGCUGACCGGGGCACACCUGACAUAAAGAGGUACCAGGAGAGCCUGAGCAGCAUGGUGCUGAGCGAGGAGAACAUCAGGAAGGUGGUGAAAGCCAGGGUGUGCUCCAUGGCCAUCCACCCUUCUGAAAACACCAUCCUUGUGGCAGCUGGAGACAAGCUGGGGCACAUCGGCCUCUGGAAUGUGAGCUGCAGGACUGAGGAAGGACACCACAUGUUCAUCCCUCACAGCUUCCAGGUCAACUGCAUGCACUUCUCUCCCUGCAACCCUGCUCACUUGCUGUCCCUCAGCAAUGACACUCUGCGCUGUGGCGAUGUCACCAGGGCUGUCUUUGAUGAGAUCUGCAGGAGUGAGGACAGCUUCUCGUGCUUCGACUUCCUGGAAGAGCACGCCUGCAGCGCCCUAGUGAGCCAGUGGGGCGGGGCGGUGGCUGUGGUGGACACCCGCACCCCGGGGGCAUCCUCGGAGCUCUCUGCAGACAUCGGCUUCGGGAGGACACGGACAGUCCACGUGCACCCCGUCAACAAACACUAUUUCCUGGCUGCUGGCUUGCUGGACGUUUGUGUUUUCGAUGUUCGGUACCUGAAGGCCAAGGGGAACAAGCCCCUGAGCUCUCUCACAGGACACACCAAAAGCGUGGCCUCGGCCUAUUUCUCACCUGUCACUGGGAGCAGGGUGGUCACGGUGUGUGCUGAUGACAAACUGAGGGUCUACGACACCACAUCCCUGUCACCCACUGCCAAACUGCUCAGCUCCAUCAGACACAACAACAACACGGGCCGCUGGCUGACCCGCUUCAGGGCCAUCUGGGACCCCAAGCAGGAGCACUGCUUCCUGGUGGGCAGCAUGGCACAGCCCAGGCAGAUCCAGGUCUUCCAGGACACCGGGAAAUUGCUGCACUCCUUCUGCAACGUGGACUGCCUCGCCUCCGUGUGCUCCAUCAACGUCGUGCACCCCAGCCAGAACAUCCUGGUGGGAGGCAACUCCAGCGGCCGCCUUCACGUGUUCAAAUAGAAGUGCCUUGGAUCUUCAUCCCCUCCUUCCUGCAUCGACUUUGUUCAUUCCGUAUUCAGCAGUUCCCGAGCUGACUCUUGUUUCUCAGGACAGAAAUGUACUUUGAAAGUCUUAAAAUAAAUUGUUUAAACUGCC